AUCUCAUUGUCAUAGCGAAGAAUAACUAUACCUGACUUCACAAUUUUUUCAAGUACUUUACAAAGAUGUUGUCCAGUCGUUCACCAAGAGCAACCCAAGAAAUAACUGCACAGCUGAGAAAAACAAAAAUUAACGACGAAAAUGAGAUUCCGGAAAACCUUAAAAACACAGCUCUGAGCAACAGAAAAGUACUAGGAGACAGUAAUAAACAAAACAUCAUAGAAGUCAAAACAGUUGAGCCAAUCAAGAAAAUAACAAGAAAACCAAGAAAGGUGGAACCACUGCUUGAAGACAACCCCCGACGAUUUGUGGUCUUUCCUAUACAGUACCAUGACAUCUGGCAAAUGUACAAGAAAGCUGAAGCCUCCUUCUGGACAGCAGAGGAAGUUGACCUCUCCAAAGAUUUAGUCCACUGGGAAGCUCUGAAGGACGAUGAACGCCACUUUAUCUCACAUGUUUUGGCUUUUUUUGCUGCAAGUGAUGGAAUCGUCAAUGAAAAUCUGGUGGAGAGAUUUAGCAAAGAAGUGCAAGCCACUGAGGCUAGGUGCUUUUAUGGGUUCCAGAUUGCAAUGGAGAACAUCCAUUCUGAAAUGUACAGUCUUCUCAUAGACACCUACAUCAAAGAUCCAACAGAAAGGGAAUAUCUUUUUAAUGCCAUAGAGACAAUGCCCUGUGUCAAGAAGAAGGCAGACUGGGCCCUGAAGUGGAUCGGAGAUCAGGAAGCUGACUAUGGGGAGAGAGUUGUUGCCUUUGCUGCGGUAGAAGGAAUUUUCUUCAGUGGAAGUUUCGCUGCCAUCUUCUGGUUGAAAAAGCGAGGAAUCAUGCCAGGGCUGACAUUCAGUAAUGAACUCAUUAGUAGGGAUGAGGGAUUACAUUGUGACUUUGCCUGUCUGAUGUUCAGCCAUCUUAUAAACCGUCCUUCACAACAAAAAAUCUAUGACAUUAUCUGUGAUGCUGUAAAAAUUGAACAAGAAUUCCUCACUGAAGCCCUGCCAUGUAACCUCAUUGGAAUGAACUGCAAACUCAUGAAACAGUACAUUGAAUUUGUUGCUGAUCGACUUCUUCUUGAGCUGAAAUGUGAAAAGGUAUACAAUGUUGAAAAUCCCUUUGAUUUCAUGGAACAAAUUUCUUUGGAGGGAAAGACAAACUUUUUCGAGAAGCGAGUCGGUGAAUACCAGAAAAUGGGUGUCAUGGGAGGAAAUGACUCAUCAAGCCACACAUUUACUCUUGAUGCAGACUUCUAAAAUGCUCAACUGAAUUGCGUACUUGAUAUAGACUGAAAAUCCAAUUCAAAAUCCAAUUCAUUUUAUGAUUCAUUAUAGGAACAACUCUUAUCAUGUAUUUUUUAAGUACCAUGCAAAUUUUUUACUGAUAUUUAGUAAUAUUGUUCAAAUUUGUGUUCAAUGUUUUUUAUUGAAUCUUUAGGCAAAUAGUUUUAGUUUUAAUUUCUGUGCAAUGAGUAAUUUUUUACGAACUCAUACCUCAUGUAAAUUUUUAUGUUCUGAAAACUUCAUUUAUCAUGUAUUGUAUUUUAUUUGUGUGCCAUUUUUAAUUUUUAAAAAAAAUGAUGAAGUACUGUACAGUGUAUUUAUAAGUGUGCAAGUGAACCUUAGUGAAUGUUUGUUAGUGUUUUAUGAAUGACUCCAAAUAAAUGUAUUAUAAAGGUCAA